AUGGAACAUAUAACUCCUGUAAAGGAAAUUGACUCAAUCAAGGACGAUUUCACAAUUAAAGUUCGGAUCAUACGUCUUUGGACUCAAAAGUCAAAAUUUAAUGCAAACGACACAUACUCCAUAGAAAUGAUUCUGAUGGAUGAGGAGGGAAGCAAAAUUCAUGCAUCUUGUGUCAAGAAAUGGUUUUCAAAAUUCCAAAGCUAUCUUAAAGAAGAUAGUUCAAUAUAUGUUAAGAAACCUAACGUAGCACCAAAUACUUCAAAAUUUAAGUUUGCUCAUCCGGAAAGUAAACUUACCUUUAACCACGAUACAACUGUAAAAGAUUGUGACAACUUUUCUGGAUCUGCACACGGCUUUGAUUUUGUUGACUUCAAUACUAUCAUUUCGAACAACAUCCUGGAGGCAAAGUCUUUUGGUCAGGAUACUAAGCUUAAAGUAACUUUGUGGGGUCAGAAUGCAUACUACAUGUCUGAUUUUCUUGCUAACAAUAAUAGCCUUGCUCCAGUUGUUGUUAUUGUUCAGUUUGCCAGAGUGAAGUUUAUUAAUGGUCGUCCUUUUUCAUCCACCUACUUUGAUGUUAGUAGGUUGUUUAUAAACAAUGAUAUCAAUGAAAUUAAAAGCUACAAAAAGAAAUUGGUUUCUGAAAACAAUCAACAACUUUCAUCAAGUGGAAUCAAGAUGAUUGCAUCAAAACAAGACAGGGAACACGAUGACUUUUUGAAAAAUCAUUUGUUUUCAAACAUUGGUGAUGUCAUUGAACCUUUGGAGGAAAAAACGGUGAUUAUUGUUGGUACUGUUAAGGGAAUACGUCAAAACAUACGUUGGUAUUACCUUGCUUGUAGCAACUGCAAAAAGUCAGCAAGAGAAAAAUCGUCUUCUACCGAUAAGGUUGACGGUUCUCAUGAAGUGGCCGAAAUCGUUACUUAUGAAUGUACUAAUCCUAUAUGCAAAAAUAUCAAAAUUUCGGUUAUUCCAAGAUUUAAAAUCCCACUUCGGGUUCAAGACAACACCGGAACCUUGACUUUAACCUUAUUUGAUCAAGAAGCAAAGAAGUUAUUCAAAUACACAGCUAAAGAGUUGUAUGAUAAAAACAAGAAGCUUGGCAACAAUUUAGAUUUGUAUCCAAUGGAGUUGAAAGUUGUGGUGGACAAAAAGUUGGCAAUGAUAAUUGAUAUCACAAGUUACAAUGUGGAUAAUAAAAGUAACAUUUAUGGGAUAACAAGAUUAACUGAGAAUGCAAAAAUAAUUGAUGAACUGGAAAAAAAGAAUCUUAUUCCACAGCCUGCCAAUUCUGAUUCACUCAUGAUUGGUUCUUCGGAUAUUGCCUCCCAAGAGACCAAAGUUCUUAAGACAGGUGAAAAUUUAACACCGUCUGCUAUAGACAAGUCAACUGCAACAAGUCCUAUAAAGCUGAUUUCCACACCAAACGAGUUGAAAAGAAACCUUGCUACAUCCAUAGAUCUUGAUGAAAUGGAGAAUUUGUCUACUUCUAAAAGUGCUCGAUUGUCACCACCAGAUGAACAACCAACGCCUCUUUUGGUACCCAAGAAAGAAAAGUAA